GUUUGUAAACAAACAAAUUUGAUCACAGUUUUGAAGUUAAAAGUUAAAUGAAAUCAAAGUAAACAAAAAUUGAAAAAUCAAUCUAAUAACAACAUCAUUUGAUGUAACACUAAGUAGAUUUGGAAACGUAAAAGAGAUAUGAAGAAUCAAUGGACAAGGAACAACGUUUUGAAAAGGCUUUGGUUGCACUAAGCAACGGUUUCAAAAUACGUGAGACUUCUAGAAAGUAUGGUAUUCCAGAAUCGUCAUUACGAGGAAGAAUUCAUUCUAAAACUAGGGUCAUAGAAAACCUCUAUGAAUCUGAAGUAAGUGAUGAUGAUUACUUUAAAGGUGGAUGGUUAGAAAAUGCUGCAUCAAGUGACAGUCGAGAGAAAAACAAAGAUUCAAUAAGUUUGAAUGCCACAGUUCUCCUCAAUGACAUCUUCUCUGACUUCAAAAGUUUUGAUGAGAAAUGCUGUUUGUGCUUCAAAGCGUUCUCUAUUCUGCAAACCAGAGUUAAAGUCACUGAUGACAUUGCGAAAAUGAUUGACUCCUUAUUGCAAUUUCAAUUAAACGAAACAAACUCCGAAUUUAUGUGUUCGGAUUGUAUCUACAAACUGAAACACUUUCACCAAUUUAAAUCUAAAAUUAAAGAGAAACAAAAGUGUUUCGAGAAGUUUCGUAGCAUAAAAACUGUUGAAGGAAAUGAAAAUUUCUCAACGCCGUUUAACGAGCCUCUCAUCAAAAUUGAAGAAAUAAAAACUGAACCGGAACCGGAAAUUGUAUUUUCAGAGCUUUUGGUGAAGUUUGAUUCUUCACUCGAUGAAAUGGAAGUCAAAGAAGAAAUACAUGAAAUUUCAUCAGUAGAAAUUGCUCCCACAUUAAACAAGAUUGAAAAACAAACAAGAAAAGUGAGUUCAAAGAAACUUAAAAAGAAAGAGUUUCUUCCAGGACCAGAAUUUUUUCCUUGUGAAGUGUGUGGAAAAAUAUUCCAGCAAGGUAGAAGAAUGCGUGAACAUCAUAAAAGAAUACAUUUAAAAACUAAAGAACAUCAGUGUGACAUUUGUAAUAAAAAAUAUCUCAGUAAAUAUGAGGUUGCUGCUCAUGUAAUCAUGCAUAUUUCGAAAGAGCACAGAAAACAAAAUUAUCAAUGCGAUAUCUGUCAUAAAACAUAUACUCACAAAAAUUCAAUCAGAAUACACGUGAAAAAUUGUCGCUGGAGUAUUAAACGGAAAUCUGAGAGAGCUCAACGCGAAAAAAAGAAGAAACAUGAACGACCAAUUGCUUGUGAUAUUUGUGGCGUAUUUUGUAAUUCAAGAAAAGACUUUUACAAACAUGAGAGAAAACAUGCAGCGAAAACUGUUCCUUGCGACUUUCCUGGAUGUCAAAAGAAAUUCAAAUUUAAAAAUGAUGUAAGGUUGCACAAAAAAUUUCACUAUCCAGAACGAAGAAUUCCGUGUACUUAUCCAGAUUGUGAAAAGAAGUUUUACUCCAGACAGGACCACAAAAUACACAUUUCUGUUUUUCAUCAAAACCUUCGCCAAGUUUGCCCAGCAGGAAACGGAUGUAACUACGCUGUUGGAAGACGAGAUCAAAUGAGAAAUCAUUUGAAAAAGCACACAGAACUUUCUGCUGAAGAACUAGAUAAAUAUAUCAAAAUGUUACCAGGCAUGAAUCUGAAUGCAAAUAAAAGAAAAUAA